AUGGGCAAAUCAUCUAGGAAAAGAGAGCGCACUGAGGAGGAUGGCGCCGACAGCCACGACGCCAAGCCGGUGGUCAAGAAGAGUAAACUCGACAGCGCCGGCAAGGCAGAGAUCACCAAGAAGAGCGCCAAGGUGAAGGAGGUGAAGCCUAAGAAGGAGAAGAGAGAGAAGAAGGACAAGAAGGAGAAGAAGGAAAAGAAGGAGAAGAAGGAAAAGAAGGAGAAGAAGGAAAAGAAGGAAAAGAAGGAAAAGACGGAGAAGAAGGAAAAGAAGGAGAAGAAGAAGAAGUCCAAGAGUGAAGAUCUCGAAGCCUCUCCCAACUCCGACAAGCCUGCCGCUAUUGCGCCUGGGGGGCCCAAACCGGCAACGGAAGACGCCGUCAGCGGUGUCAACGGUGCGAAUACCAGCCACAAAAAGAGCGACAAAGACAAGAAGAAGAAGAAGAAGACCAGCAAAUCCACCGAGCCAGAGCCCGCCGCCGAAGCCCCUACCACAGCACCCCAAGAAGCAACAGCUGAUAACGAAGAAGACAACAACGAAGCCAACGGCACCAACGGCAAGGCCAACCGCUUCAUCUGCUUCGUCGGCAACCUCCCCUUCACCGCAACCGCCGACACCGUGCGCGCCCACUUCGCCACCUUGCAACCGAUCUCGGUGCGCCUGCUGACCCAGCGUGACGACCCGUCCAAAUCGCGCGGUAUCGCCUUUGUUGAGUUCGGCCGGUACGACCACAUGAAGACAUGCCUGGAGAAGUUCCACCACACUGAGUUUGUUGACGGUCGGACUGGCCAACCGAGGCGGAUUAAUGUUGAGUUGACUGCCGGUGGCGGCGGCAAAACCUCCGCGCGACAGGACAAGAUCAAGCAAAAGAAUGCCAAGCUCAAUGAGGAGCGAGCGAACCGCAUGGCGCGUGAAGAGGAAGCCAAGCAGGAGAAGGCGGCGGCGGCCGGGUCGGGCAUGACACAGGAGCAGCGGGACCAGGACGCGAUACACCCGAGCCGGAGGGGCCGCGUACCAUUUGGAAGAAAUUAA